GUCAGCCGGUAUUCCGCGUCACUAAUGGCAACGCCUACAUUGACUGGACCGAAGAUGUUGUUCACGGACUCGGCGUCUCCGAACAACGGCAUUGACAUAAUCCUUUCUGAAGAAUUGCAAGCAAGCGUCGGGGAAGCUCUAGAGAUCAAUUGUCAGAACGUCGGCAAUCAAUGCAUUCAGAGCGUCAACGAUGUCCUCCUCAGCCCAAAGACCGAUUUGGAGUCACGGAGUCUCAGUCCCGCAGAAGCGGGCGGCACCGCACUGGCCAUCCUCGUUGGACUCAUGAUAUCUCUGUGGAAAGAGGAACGACCUCAGCCAAUGCCAGCGGCCUGGCACGCGCCUAUAGCCGAGAUAGAUCAAGCAGAAUCUGCUUUGAGCGCCUCAACGAUCGCCGCCCUCACAAGCUCAACCCAACCUUUCGUUACCAUUACACCUAAGCCGCAUACUACUAUUAUCACAGGCCCCCAAACGCCUGCGGUUACGACUUUCACUGACUCGACCAAUGGCCAUUCACCGGGAGAUGUCGUUAUAUACCUCUCCGAAGAACUAGCUGCCCGUACAACCGAGUUGAUUCAAAGAAUCGGCCGAUGCCCAGCUGGAGACGUGUUUGACAGCAACUUGAGGCUUCGCAAGCGCCUUGAUGAUCUCGGCGGUGUGAUAUGUGGAGCGCAGGCCAUCAUCCUCAACGCUGAGAACGCUCUGGCGGAUUUGCUAGUGCUCCAACUAAAUCUUCUCCUUUUCACUGCAGAAGAUGCUGCGCGUGCAAUGGCAAUUGCCAUCCAGUUUGCUCGCGACAUGGCUCCAGCGCUGGGUGUCAAUGCGGCGAGUGCGAGUGCGCUUGGGACUGCGGCGUUCGGCUUAGCUUGGAUAGUAAAGAUGAAUAACCAGGCUUUGGGCACGGAAAACGUAAUCCCUGGGAACCAACUCAAGGGAACCAUGGCACCAACUGUUGGACCCACAACUGCUAUACGCACCACUGCCUCCACAACCGCACCUAGAACCACGAGCUCUACUUCAUCUUCAUCUUCGUCAAGCCUUGUCGGGUGUCUGGCUGACUGUACUAUGGUUGGUGCGAUCAAACGUUGUCAAACUCAAUGUCCUACACCGGCGUCAGGGGCGCCCCCGAAGGGGACCAACUACGAAGUCAAGACAACCACCAUCCGCCCAUGGCACCCCCUCCCUUAUUCUCAGCAAUUUCCAAUGAAGGACCCAGUCGCGGCAUGUGCUCCAGGGGAGGACACCGCCUUCCCUCAACGGCUUUUUGUGGAAUCCUACGCCAAGUUCUGCCUGGAAGCCGACAAGUCUUUCGAUGAAUUACGAUGGAUGGUGAAUGCAACCGGUGAGCAGGAUACUGGGCAGGCGCAUCCAUUCCUGAAAAGGGAUCCACCUCCCACUGCCGAACAAUACAGCGGAUAUAACAUCACUUUGUGGUGGAAACCCGCAAGUGAUUCAGAGUUCAUAUGUUCUAAGUCCUGCAAAGAUGCUUUCAACCAGCUGGCCUACUCGGAAUGUGGCAGAAGGGGCGACGAGCAAGACACAAUGGCUGGUACUGGUGGGAUUGACGUUGGCUGCGGCUCCUACUCGUACUCCAUCUUCAGCCCUAGUCGAGAACCGUCAAUAACAUGUCGAAACCAUCCUCUAUCUGCACCACAGUACGAUAGCGAUGCCGAUGGCGGCCCGAGCGUGGGAUCCGCCAUCAAUCAAUGGUGCGGCGACAACCACGGGAAGCGACCAGAUACAGAAAAUAUCUACUGGCGGUGGGGCAUUACGCAACUUGGCGUUCCCAAUAGAAGCUCAUUUUGGUUGCGAGCGACGGCAAAUAGCUGCGACAGACCGGAAUCGAUUGUCAAGGAUGAAUGUGUCAAAUCGCUCACGGAUGGCAUGACGCAGUGCGACCCAGAGAGCGUAGUGACACAUGGACUCACGGCUUCGAUAGGUUGUCUCGUCUAUGAUCUCGACCUUAGUGGCGUUACUCGGGGCGAGUCUCCCCCUUGGGAUGAGAAGCCCGCUUUUCCAGCGCCAGAGUUUGCGCCUGGAAAAGGUCUGGGAGGAGCGGCUAACAAGCCAUUGUGCUACGAUCCGUCGAUACAAAAGGGCCAAAAGAUCUUCGAAGACGAUCUGAAUAAGGCCAUAGAUGCAUUCUGCAUCGAAGGAAAGAAGAUUGAGGGCUUUGGCGAGGAUUGGGAGCAUAUGUUUCGGUAUCCACCCGACGAACAAGAUUCGUUCUACCAAGAAGGGCGGCCUAUGCACCUCAACUUGGGAGCCGAGAACAAACAAAACGGUGGGCCAGACCUUUAUGACAACAUGGACUGGUGCAAAGGUUAUGACUGGAAAAUGGGCAAGGACGACUGUAAAUAUGGCUUCCGAAGGCUCCUCCACGACUGCAACAAUGUGCCGGACAAAUUCAUAGGCGGUGACUAUAUUUACCGAUGUGUGAAGUAUAACAUAUUCCAUGCGAACGGCUAGAAGCUGUUGGAGAUCACGAUGGACUGAGAUGAUUGAGAUGUAGGAUUAAAGGCCCCGCGGGUUGUGACGUGAAAGAUGUG